UGUAUGGUCUGUGGAGAGCGGAUAUAGUGAAUGUGGGGUCCGGGAGAGCGGAUAUAGUGAAUGCGGGGAGAGCGGGUAUAGUGAAUGCUGGGUCCGGGGAGAGCGGGUAUAGUGAAUGCGGGGUCCGGGGAGAGCGGAUAUAGUGAAUGCGGGGUCCGGGGAGAGCGGAUAUAGUGAAUGCGGGGUCCGGGGAGAGCGGAUAUAGUGAAUGCGGGGUCCAGGGAGAUCGAAUAUAGUGAAUGCGGGGUCCAAGGAGAGUGGAUAUAGUGAUGGCGGGGUCCGGGGGAGACCGGAUAUAGUGAAUGCAGAGUCCGGGGAGACCGGAUAUAGUGAAUGCAGAGUCCGGGGAGAGCGGAUAUAGUGAAUGCGGGGUCUGGGGAGA